ACGGAUCAAGGGGCAGGCAUUGCAAAGUAUAAAUAGUGUGACUUCAAUAGCACAUCAUCAGCAGGUCUGAACUCUGUAGCAAGAAGAAUUGGCCGAGAUCUAUUCAUUUAAGUCGAGAUCUAGAGUUGGCAAACAUCACCCUGCAUUUAGGUCGAGAGAGCGAGGGGGGGAAAAGCACUAUUGAUGUGUUAUUGGUGGCUGUUGUGGAACUGAGAGAGCGAGCGAGAAGGGAAAUUUUUAAGCAGCGAUGGAAGAACUUACCGCCUUUGUGUCCAAAUCUUUUGAUCAGAAAGUGAAGGAAAAGAAGGAGAUAAUCACGUACAGGGAGGUUCUGGAGAGUGGACCAGUGAGAGUGAGGGAUCCGAGCGCCAGUGAACCCAGUCGGGAAGAAGUGAACGCAUUCACCCGUGGAAGCGCACGAUCGCCAAGCAGGGAGACGGACAUCCUUGGGCCAGAGAGGACCAGGGACGCGGGCAGUCCGAAACUCAUUGAUGGUGCCACGGAUAUGAAGGAAAGAAAAGAAGACUCAAAACCAAUGGAAGACGAGACACAGACCAAAAUAAAGCAGAGAAGAAGUCGGACAAACUUUACUUUGGAGCAACUGAACGAAUUAGAGAGACUUUUCGAUGAAACACACUAUCCAGAUGCCUUUAUGAGAGAAGAGCUAAGCCAACGGUUAGGUCUGUCUGAAGCAAGGGUCCAGGUCUGGUUUCAGAACAGGAGAGCAAAAUGCAGAAAACAAGAAAACCAGCUUCAUAAAGGCGUCCUCAUUGGAGCUGCCAGUCAAUUUGAAGCGUGCAGAGUAGCCCCAUAUGUCAAUGUUGGAGCAUUAAGGAUGCCAUUUCAGCAGGAUAGUCAUUGCAACGUGCCGCCCUUGUCCUUUCAGGUUCAGGCGCAGCUGCAGCUGGACAGCGCCGUGGCUCACGCCCACCAUCACCUGCACUCGCACCUCGCUGCUCACGCCCCCUACAUGAUGUUCCCAGCGCCACCAUUUGGUUUGCCACUGGCUACGCUGGCUGCCGAAUCCGCGUCUGCUGCAUCUGUAGUGGCGGCUGCUGCCGCCGCCAAGAACACCAACAAGAACUCCAGCAUCGCAGAUCUGAGACUGAAGGCCAAAAAACACGCGGCCGCUCUGGGACUGUGACAAUCGAAGAGACAUUCAAAUGAAUGCCGUUCAGUUUCAAUGGAGGCUAAAAAUUGAUGGGCCCCCAAACCACUUUAUUUAUGUUUUUAAUGAUGAAGGACAGAAGAAGAACUCUUUUAAAAUGGAAACAAGUAUUGUAUAAGCUAUUUAUUUAAAGGGGAGUGAUUUCAACUGGAGUUUGGAGCAAGCAAAAAAAAAGUUAUAUUUAUAUGAACGUUGUUACUUGUCAUCUGUCAAGCUGAUGAGGAGAAGAUGCACUAAACGCAUUGAAAACAAGAAGUUUAUAAAAAAAAGUAUACUGAAAAUAAAAGCUGCGCAGCUGGAACGUUCGGGCUUUUGUUUAAUAAGCUGAACAAUUCUGCGAAGUUUAACUUUAUUAUUUGAAAUAAACAAAGAGGCUGGUCUUCUUUCACAUUCAGACAUUCAUUUAAAGUUUUUUUCCACAGGGGAAAAACUGUGCAGUUGUGAAGAAAAAGACUAAAUGUUGGAAAUUUUUUUAUUAUUAUUAAUAUUAUUAUUAUUAUUGUUAUUCUCCUGAAGAGAGUUGAUACUCGACUCAAAGAACAGUAUUUGCAUGUCCUUUUGUUCAUCAAUGACAUCACUUGAACCAGUUGCACUUCACGUACAUUUUAGUGGGCAAGAGUUUCAGAAAUAAUAUUUUUCAUGAUUUUUCUUUUUUAAUAAAUAUUCUGCUCUCACUUAAACUGGGAGAUAAUGUACUGUUUUAUGUCUUAUUCUGAAACAAAAACCAGACAUAUAUGCAGACUUUUACCAGUGUUGAUUGUGUGGAUUUUUACCAUUCAGAUGUGUACGAUGUAUUUCCUCAGUCAUAAUCUUAAACUCUGAAAAAGGUACAACCCUUGUAAAAUACGUUGAUAUGCAGAAAACAAAAUUUAUUUUGGCUAUGUGGUUUAUUACAUUUCCAAAUCUUAACGUGACUUAAUAGAAUUACGUUUACUUUA